AUGCCUCAGUUCCCCCCUGCACAGUCCGCGACGGCCACCGUGGGCGGAGUGCCCGCCACCGUCCCAGAUAUACCGAUCUGCGCCGUGUUUCUCGCUCUUUACACCGGUUUCGCUGUUACAAACAUGACCAUCUUCCGGAUGAACCUUCGAAGAGGCCACAAGUUCGUCCUGUCGGCCCUUCUGUUUGGCUUCUGUAUGGCCCGGCUUACGACUCUUGUCCUUCGCAUCGUCUGGUCUACCAUCCCGCACAACACCUCGCUCGCCAUAGCCGCUAGCAUCUUCGUCAACGCCGGCGUUCUUUUGGUGUACAUUAUCAACACCAUACUCUCACAACGCAUUCUCCGAGCCAAACAGCCUCGGCUUGGUUGGAAUCCGGUCCUUCGUGCCGGAUACAAAGUUUUGUAUGGCCUCAUCGUCGGCGCCUUGGCCAUGGUCAUAACCAGUGUCGUGCUUUCGAUGAAAACAACAAACCUCCAUAUAAAGCACCAAUGUCGUGAUAUUCAACUAGCCGCCAUUACCUAUCUCCUCGUCUUCACCUGCGUCCCGUUGGUUCACCUCGCCGCUGCGUUCCUCCUGCCACGUUCCACCGAUGAAGAGUCAUUUGGACAGGGAAGCAUGACCAGCAAGUCCCUGAUCGUCGGCCUGUCCACCUGCAUAUGCAUUUUGAUUGCGGGUUUCAAGUGCGGCACAGCGUGGAGUCCUCCUCGGCCAGCGUCGCAUCCGGCAUGGUUUCACUCCAAGGCUUCCUUCUACGUCUUUAACUUUGCGUGCGAGAUCCUCGUCCUUUCACUCCUGACAUUCAGUCGCUUUGAUAGGCGAUUCUAUGUCCCCAACGGUUGCAAGGGUCCUGGUGACUACACGCGACUCGCAGGGGAACCGGAGAAGCCACCACAGUCUGACGGCCACGAUGAGGCUUCCGCGUCAAUUGCCCCGAAAACAAGCCGAUAA